GCAUUAGUCUUGUCUCUAACUCUGGAGUUAAAGGUUCUGUCCUUUGCUAAGAGAAUUUGUUCCACUGGAGGGUAUGGAAAAGUGUGCUUGUGGUUCCUAAAAUCUAUGGGUAGGUAGAUGUUUACUGACUCUAUUUCAUCUGAGUGCUCACUUUUUGGUCUUCAUAACACAAAGUCAGUGUUUUCAUAGAUAGAAAUAUCUGUGCUGUGAAGUAUAUUAGAGGCAAGCUGGGUUCUACCUGUCUAAUUAGACUUUUUCUCUCUCAUCUCCACAGAUUUCUCAGAGAAGAAUGGGUAUAAAAAACCAUUCCAUAGUGACUGAGUUUCUGCUUUCAGGAUUAACUGAACAGCCAGAGCUUCAGCUGCCCCUCUUCGGCCUCUUCUUAGGAAUUUAUACAAUUACUGUGGUGGGAAACCUCGGCAUGAUCUCAAUAAUUAGGCUGAAUCAUCAACUUCAUAUCCCCAUGUACUAUUUCCUGAGUAGUUUGUCCUUUUUAGAUGUCUGCUAUUCUUCUGUCAUUACCCCUAAAAUGCUAUCAGGGUUUCUAUGCAGAGACAGAUCCAUCUCUUAUUCUGGAUGCAUGACUCAGCUGUUUUUUUUCUGUGUUUGUGUUAUUUCUGAAUGCUACAUGCUGGCAGCCAUGGCCUAUGAUCGCUACGUGGCCAUCUGCAGUCCACUGCUCUACAAGGUCAUCAUGUCCCCUAGUGUCUGUUCUCUGCUGGUGGCUGCUGUCUUCUCAGUAGGUUUCACUGAUGCUGUGAUCCAUGGGGGUUGUAUACUCAGGUUGUCCUUCUGUGGAUCAAACAUCAUUAAACAUUAUUUCUGUGACAUUGUCCCUCUUAUUAAACUCUCCUGCUCUAGCACUUAUAUUGAUGAGCUUUUGAUUUUUGUCAUUGGUGGAUUUAACAUGGUGGCCACAAGCCUAGCAAUCAUCAUUUCAUAUGCUUUUAUCCUCACCAGCAUCCUGCGCAUCCACUCUAAAAAGGGCAGGUGCAAAGCCUUUAGUACCUGUAGCUCCCACCUGACAGCUGUUCUUAUAUUUUAUGGGUCUCUGAUGUCCAUGUAUCUCAAACCUGCUUUUAGCAGCUCACUCACCCAGGAGAAAGUAUCCUCAGUAUUUUAUACCACUGUGAUUCCCAUGUUGAAUCCUCUGAUAUAUAGUCUGAGGAACAAGGAAGUGAAAAAUGCCCUGACGAAACUUUUAAGGAGAAAAAUACCUUUAUCUCCAUGA